AUGAGUAAAACAAGUAAUCCACCUUCUAAAAGCUUUAAAUUAUUUUCUAACAAUAAUAAUAAAUCAAAACUUGAUACAACAACCUCUACUAUUAAUAAUGUCAGUAUGGUUAAAAAAGAAGCCAAAUAAUACGGAAAUCAAUUUUCAUAAUAAUAAUCAGCACGAUAAAGAACACAAUCAAUUUAAAAAAAAGAAAGUAUAAGUAAAGAAAAAUUGUAGCCUUAAAAACAGUAUGAAUAAUAGUUGAAAUAAUUAGUUUAGACCCUCAUAAGAAAUUAGUGACAAAUCCUAACUCAAGUGCUGAAAGAGCUGUAAAUAAAUAAAGAACUUUAUCUAAUUCAAUUUCAAAUAGAACAUCUACUUUGAGUCCUCAAUAAAGAAUUAAACCAAUAACUGCUAAAAAUAGCACUCAAUUAUAAUAGUAAUAAUAAUAAUUGAAUAAUUCAAAUCAAUAACCUACUCCAAGAUCUGUGAAAAAGUAAAUUUUCAAUUCACAAAAUGUUAAAGAUAUAAAAAAUAAUAAUAGUAGUAUAAUUGGCAAAAUGAAACCUAAUUAUGAAAAAGGCAAAAUCUUACCAUUUAAAAAAGAGAGUCCUGCUAUAAAAUUACAUAAAUAAGAUAUGAAUACCAUAUCAACUUAAUCUAUUUAAACUAGAUCUUCAAAACAAAGUCUAAGUGUUCAUAAAUCAUUAACUAUUAAUAAAAUGGAUGACUUAUUCUAAAGAUCUAAAACUCCUUAAAAUAAAAACAAACCAAAUGAUCCUUAUUAUGUACUUUUAUUCUCAUUAUUUAGUGUUUAGUUAGACCAUUGUUUAAAGAUGCAAAAUAUUAUUAAACUUCAUUGAUUCAUUUUCAUUAUGAACAAGUAAAAAAUAAAUAUUCUCCUUAUAAAAUUCAUUUUGAAUUGGAAUAUUAAACAAAUUAAUUAAAAGAGUAUUUUAAUGAACUAUUUUGUGAACAUUUUUAAUAGUCUUUUACUUGUUUACAAUAUUGUAAAAGAUUAUCUUAAACAUUGAAAUAAAAUAAUAAGAUUCAAUAUUUACCUCCGAUAGCAAAUCAUACAAGAACUUUAGUAUUUGAUUUAGAUGAAACUCUCUUACAUUGUAAUGAAAAUGUUAAUGAUUCAACUGAUCAUACAAUUAUGAUCAAAAUGCCUAAUGAAGGUAUGGUUGAGGUAAUUAUUUAUAUAGAAUUUAGACUAAAAUUAAUAUAAGACCAUAUUGUUAAUAAAUGUUGAAAAUAUUAUCUAAUCACUUUGAACUUAUAUUAUUUACAGCAGGUUAUCAAUAUUAUGCUGAUAAAGCAGUAGACUUGAUUGAUCCAGAUAGAAAAUUGUUUUAAUAUAGGUUUUAUAGAGAAAGUUGUUUAGAAAUAGAAGAUGGAUUAUUUAUUAAAGAUUUAAAAGUUAUUGGAAAUCGUUAAAUUGAAGUAAAUUAUUAAUAAUAUUUUUCUUAGAAUAUGUUGUUAAUUGAUAAUGCUCCUUAUUCAUAUUGUUAUUAAAUCGAUAAUGGGAUUCCUAUUAUUCCCUUUUAUGAUAAUAAAUAUGAUAAAGAAUUAGUGUUUUUAACUGAUUAUUUACUAAACUUAUAAAAAUGUAAUUAGUGGACAUAUGCAAAUAAAGUACAUUUUAGAACCUAUUUAUAUUAAUAAUGUCUUUCUGGGGAAGAAUGCCUAAGAGAAAUGUUUAAAGCUCAUGAUACAUUAACAUAUUGA